CUUAUCCUCAUCAUCCAAAUAAGGAAAGUGUCAAAUUUAUGCAGUAGUUGCAAUGUCAAUUUUGUUGCCAACAACAAACAUAAAACUCGAUCAUCAAACCAUCCCUCCUCUCUCCCUCAUCACAUUUUCCUUCGAAACAAAAAAAAAUAAAGAUAAAAAAAAAAAAAAAAAUUAAUGGAGUGCCCAAAAUUUCAAUCAAAACUAGAACAGCUACAAGAAUUCGAUGAAACAAAGGCCGGUGUGAAAGGGCUAGUCGACGCCGGUGUCGAAAAGAUCCCAUCAAUAUUCAUCAAUCACCAAUACAUACAAGAAAAAGAAACUUCUUUUUCAAGCGCGCCGGGGCUUUGUAUUCCGGUAAUUGACUUAGAAGCCGAGCAUGGCGAACUCGUCGACCGUGUUAAGGAGGCUUGUGAAAAGUGGGGUUUUUUCCAAAUAGUGAAUCAUGGGAUUGAUUUACCCGUCAUGGAGAAGGUGGUCGAAGGAGUCAAAAAUUUUCACGAGAUGGAUACGGAGGUAAAAAAACAAUAUUACUCGCGGGAUGCCAAGAAGAAGGUUAUAUAUAAUAGUAACUUUGAUUUGUAUCAAACCCCGAGUGCAAAUUGGCGGGAUACCGUCUUCUUUCUCAUGGCCCCGACUCCUCCCGACCCUCAAGAAUUGCCUCAAGUAUGCCGGGAAAUCAUGAUCGAAUACACGAAACAAGUAAAGAAGUUGGGAAACAACAUAUUUGAGUUGAUCUCGGAAGCUCUCGGGCUAAGCCCGAGUCACUUGAAAGAAAUGGCUUGCACGGAGGGACUAUUUGUCGUGGGCAACUAUUACCCGGCUUGUCCACAACCGGAUAUGACGUUAGGCUUCAAUAGUCACACUGAUAGCGGCUUUCUCACAAUCCUUCUCCAAGAUCAGAUCGGUGGUCUUCAAAUUCUCCACAAAAACCAAUGGGUCGAUGUGCCUUCUUUGCCGGGAGCUCUUGUAGUGAACCUCGGAGACCUCAUGGAGCUCAUCACUAACGCCAAGUUCAAAAGUGUGUACCAUAGAGUUUUGUCGAAGGAAGUUGGCCCGAGAAUCUCCGUGGCAUUUGUUUUUAGGAUGCAUCUAAAUGCGUCGAAAGUGUAUGGGCCGAUGAAGGAGCUUAUAUCAGAUGAAAAUCCGCCGAUUUAUCGGGAAGUCUCUGUGGAUGAGAUCAUAUCGUGUCGAUACAAGAAUGGCAUAAAUGGAAUCCCUCUACUAUCCUACUUCAAAUUAAACACAUAAUAAUGUCCCUUGUGAGUAUAAAAGAUACUAAUUCGAUGCCUUAAUAAUCGAUGCAUACUAAAUGGGUUGUGAACAAAAAUUGCUACAUUGUGUUGGUAAUGUAUUUGAGAGAUGAGCUUGAAGGUAUGUUUGUUUGGAUUUUUGGAGUGUUUGAGCAAUGAUUUUAAAAGAAAAUAAUAUUUUGAGAUAUAAUAA